AUGGUGCAUGCCGCCGGGCCAAGUGUGCUGCCGUUGAAUACAAGCGGAAUCAUGGACACGCAUCCACUGUGCACGCGGCUUUGUCCGCACGCUCUGGACAAAGAGGACGGCGGCGCCGAGAGACAGGGGGCGCUCACGCUCAACCCUCGACACAUGAGGAAGGCCUUCAAAGUCAUGAACGAGUUGCGCAGCCAAAACCUGUUGUGCGACGUGACCAUCGUGGCAGAGGACGUGGAGAUUGCCGCUCACCGCGUGGUGCUGGCCGCCGGGAGCCCGUAUUUUCACGCCAUGUUCACAGGCGAGAUGGCGGAGAGUCGGGCCAAGCGCGUGAGGAUCAAGGAGAUGGACGGCUGGACGCUGGGACUCUUGGUGGAUUACAUCUACACGGCCGAGAUUCAAGUCACGGAAGAUAACGUGCAGGCGGUGCUCCCGGCGGCGGGUUUGCUACAACUGAACGAGGUGAGGAAGGCGUGCUGCGACUUCUUGAGCUCCCAGCUGCACCCGUCCAACUGUCUGGGCAUCCGAGCAUUCGCCGACCUGCACGCCUGCUCGCAACUGCUCACGCAGGCCAACUGCUAUGCAGAACAACAUUUCACAGAAGUGGUAGGCAGCGAGGAGUUCCUCAAUCUGGGCAUGGAGCAGGUUUCCAGCCUCAUCGCCAGCGACAAACUCACCAUUCCCACUGAGGAGAAGGUCUUUGAGUCUGUUGUGGCGUGGGUCAAUCACGACAAAGACGUGCGCCAGGAGCACCUGGCCCACCUCAUGGAGCACGUGCGCCUGCCUCUUCUCACCCGGGAAUAUCUGGUGCAGCGCGUGGAGGAGGAGUCCCUGAUCAAAAACAGCAGCGCCUGUAAGGAUUACUUGAUCGAGGCCAUGAAGUACCAUCUGCUGCCGGCCGAGCAGCGGGCGCUCAUCAAGACGGCGCGCACUCGUGCGCGCACCCCCGCCCGCUGCCCCAAGGUGAUGGUGGUGGUGGGCGGCCAAGCGCCCAAGGCCAUCCGCAGCGUGGAGUGUUACGACUUCGAGGAACGGCGCUGGUACCAGGUGGCCGAGUUGCCCACGCGCAGGUGCAGAGCGGGUGUGGUGUCGGUGGGGACGUGCGUGUACGCGGUGGGGGGUUUCAACGGUUCCCUGCGCGUGCGGACGGUGGACUCGUACGACCCGGCUGCUGACCGCUGGAGCGGCGCGGCCAGCAUGCAGGACCGCCGAUCCACGCUGGGGGCCGCCGUGCUCAACGGACUCCUCUACGCCGUCGGCGGCUUCGACGGCAGCACCGGCCUAUCCACAGUGGAGGCGUACAACGCCAAGACGGACGAGUGGUUCCACGUCUUGCCCAUGAGCACGCGACGGAGCAGCGUGGGAGUUGGGGUGCUUAAUGGGAUGUUGUACGCGGUGGGCGGUUACGACGGCGCCACUCGCCAAUGCCUGAGCACGGUGGAGGCCUACGACCCCAAAAGCAACACGUGGAGCUACAUCGCCGAGAUGGGCACGCGACGCAGCGGCGCCGGCGUGGGCGUGCUGAAAGGGCGGCUGUACGCCGCCGGAGGGCACGACGGGCCCUUGGUGCGCAAGAGCUGCGAAGUCUACGACCCGGCCUCCGACAGCUGGCGCCAGGUGGCCGACAUGAACGUGUGUCGCCGCAACGCCGGUGUGUGCGCCGUGGACAACCUGCUCUACGUGGUGGGCGGCGACGACGGCAGCUGCAACCUGGCCUCGGUGGAGUUCUACAACCCCACCUCCGACAAGUGGACGCUGCUGCCGAGCUGCAUGAGCACGGGACGCAGUUACGCAGGCGUGACCGUGAUCGACAAGCCCUUAUGA